AUGCAUCCAGUUGAAUUGGAACAUGUUAUUAGUACUGGAGGGCAAAAAAGACGAAAAAAAUAUAACAAAAAAAAUGCCUACCGUCGAAAUCAACGUUUAGAAAGAAAUACACUACUUUAUCCUGAUCUAAAACGAAUAGCAACACAACAUGAACAACAGAUAACAGUAGAACAACAAGAAGACGAAGAUCUAGAUUAUGUUGUUGUCUAUGAUGAUCAUCAAUCCAGCAAUGAUAACAACAAUCAUCAGAUGGAAGAUGAAGUGAGAGGUCAACGACAGGAAGAGGAAAACGAUUAUUACGAAUUGUACAAUUACUGA